GGUGGUUUAGUUGCGCGCGCCACCAAACAGGCGCCCGAUCGACUGAAGAAACACGGACAACGAUAGAAUAUCCCCAACAAAAUUCCCUUCUCAGUUAUAUCUGGGUAUUAAGUAUAUCAAACUGACAACAUUUCGAUUGUAGAAAUUUCUGAUCGAGUUAUACGAGACAAAUAAAAAAAAGAGAGAGGAAGAGUUUAUUUGCUUUCUGCUUAAGUAACAAUAUGGCGUCUAGCCUAGAAUGGCUUUAACAACACUGAGAAGCGUCGGUGGAUAUAGUGUGAUCGUUGCUUACGUUUAUAGUCGUUGGGGGUCGCUAAACGCGUCCCCCGCCGAAAACUCUUUAACAAAACGGCGUACUCAAGUGUUAUGGAGAAUCCCAGCGCUGCUUUUGAUGAAGAUAGCUUGUAUGACGACGAUGCUAGAGCCGAAACCAUAAGGUUAGAGCCUUAUCUGGAUUGGAACAGUGAUUUGGAAAAAGAUUUUCCGCGUGUAAGCAGCCAAGUUCCGCUAUCUCCAAAAGGUGAAGGGGAUUAUGAUGAAAGAGGAAGUGAUUAUGAUGGAUUUAAUGUCGAAAGAGGUAACUGGACAGGCAGAUUUGACUUCCUAUUAUCCCUCCUCGGAUAUUCUGUUGGACUUGGAAACGUAUGGCGAUUUCCAUAUCUUUGUUAUCGAAAUGGCGGAGGUGCUUUUCUUAUUCCAUUUAUAUGUAUGAUGUUAUUAGCUGGCUUGCCUCUCAUGUUUAUGGAAUUAUCUUUUGGACAAUAUGCCAGCCUUGGUCCAAUUGCCAUUUUUGAAAGAUUCUGUCCAUUAUUUCAAGGGCUUGGUUAUGGUAUGGUUAUUGUUUCCGGAAUAGUUAUGUUGUAUUAUAACAUGAUAAUUGCUUGGACACUAUUUUAUAUGUUUGCUUCCUGGACUCGAAGGUUACCAUGGGAACACUGUGAUAAAGAUUGGAGUUCAUCAGCAUGUUAUUCCUAUGAAGAUGCUGAUGAAUGUGAGAAAGAUAACGGUACUUAUUAUAAUCAAACUUGUUACACUUAUAAUGAAUCAAUUACACUGAAUCUAAGUGUAUUAAUUAAAGGAAUGCAUAAAAAGCCACCAGCUGAUGAUUAUUUUGUAAAUUAUGUUUUGGGUCAGUCUUCUGGUAUUGAAGAUACGGGUAAUAUUAAAUGGUCUUUGGCAUUAUGUCUUCUACUUGCCUGGAUUAUUGUAUUUCUGUGCCUGAGUAAAGGAGUACAGUCAUCAGGAAAAGUUGUCUAUUUUACUGCUCUUUUUCCAUAUGUGGUUCUAGUCAUCCUUUUUUUCCGUGGGGUAACAUUACCUGGUGCUAAAGAAGGUAUUAUUUUCUAUGUUACACCAAAUUGGAAGCUGCUUGGGACUGCUCAGGUUUGGGGAGAUGCAGCAGUGCAAAUAUUUUUUGCUUUAAGUCCUGCUUGGGGUGGAUUGAUAACUCUUUCAUCUUAUAAUAAGUUUCACAAUAACUGUUACAAAGAUUCUUUAAUUGUUUCUGUUAGCAAUAUUCUAACCAGUAUUUUUGCUGGAUUUGUUAUAUUUUCUGUGAUUGGUUAUCUUGCACAUGAAUUAAGAGUUGACGUUGAACACGUGGUCGAUCAAGGAGCAGGACUUGCAUUUAUUGUUUAUCCAGAAGUUGUAGCAAGACUUCCCAUUGCACCAUUAUGGGCAUUUUUAUUCUUUUUCAUGUUGUUAACCUUAGGCUUGGAUAGUCAGUUUGCAUUAUUAGAAACUGUGAUCACUGCUAUAUUGGACCGAUUUCCUGUAUUAAGAGAGAGGAAAAUUUGGAUUGUUUUGACGAUGUGUGUUCUUGGCUAUUGUGGAGGACUCAUUUUUACAACAAACAGUGGAGUAUAUUGGCUGGAACUAUUUGAUAAAUAUGCUGCUAACUUUUCUGUUUUGCUCAUAGCCAUUUCUGAAUGUGUUUUGAUAUCCUGGAACUAUGGAGCUGAAAGAUUUCUUAGAGAUAUUGAAAAGAUGAUUGGUUCUCAAUCUUAUUUUUGGACUGCAUUUUGGAGUAAAAUGUGGAAAUAUCUUACCCCAGCUACUCUAUUGUUUAUCUUAAUAUUUAAUUGGAUCGAAUAUACUCCUGCCACAAGAGGAGAUUACGUUUAUCCUAAUUGGGCCAACGGUGUCGGUUGGGUCGUCGCCAUGUUACCCGUCAGUGUCAUCGUUAUGAUGAUGUUAGCAAAACUGUGUACUAUAACAAGUCGGCCAUUUAAAGAGAAACUUGCGCUUUUAAUGAAACCGACAGAAGAAUGGGGUCCAGCUCAGAAAAUAGCAGAAUUUAAAGCCGGCGAUCCGGCAGAGGACAACACAGACUCGUUGCGAAAAAGUUCUUUUGACAAUCCUUCGUUUAACGUUACUUAUACUUUCGAGACUGCUAUAUGAAUUUCUAAAGCAUUAGAAUAUUUAUAGACUUUAUGUUGCGCUUCUGAUUAGGAAGCUUAAGACAGAUUUGGAUAACACUCGAUACUGCUGAAACGGCCUAGGGGCUUUUGUGCUUCCACGAAAUCAAUUCCUUAGAAUCCUGUAACAGGACCAAAAAGACAAUCAAAACGAAUAGGAUUCAGCCAGGAUAAUAGUUCCCGAAACGGACGACUCCUGAGUAAUUUGGUGCAAAACUAACUCCGGAAGGAUGUCGAAUUUAAACGUCGACACCACUCCAAAGAGAAUUAUUAUCCCGAUAAAAGCGGACGCCAAUCCUGCUACGACCCACGUUUUGCAGAAACUUGCAUGAGAACCUUUUGUUAGAUGGGUUACGUUCUUUGUACGUAUGUAAAUAUGACACGCAUACAGUACAUAUAUGAAAUAUAUAUAUGUAUAUAUUUAUAUAUAUAUACAUAUGUAUAUAUACAUAUUGUCAUUCCCAUAAAUGUAAAAUCAUAUAUGGUAUGACAGUGUAGAUGAUCAUCAGAACGAUAGGUUUAGAGUUAUUAAACAGCAGUAUAAAAUGUUUAGUUUCGACCUAUCUGUGAUGUCUUGGUUUAGAAUAUUUUGAAAAUUACAUAAUUAAAAAUUGGUUUCUAAUACAAGUUGCACAAUGGUGACAUAAUAGUAUCAGAUUGAUAUAAUUUUAGUAAGUUUAGCUGCCAUCUGUCUUCCUAUAUAUAUAUAUAUAUAUAUAUAAAAGAAGAUUUUUAGAACAUAAUUCACAAACAGAACCCCCAUAAUAUUGAAAAGAAAAGAU